AAGUUUCUGAUUGUGAAGGCAGUGAAAUCUACUUUCAGUGAUCAGAAUGCUACGGUGAGGAAGGCAGUUCUUCAUUUCAUCAGGACGCUGCUCAGCUCAGAAAGUGUGGAGAACUGUGCAGCAUGGGAUAUGGUAGCACAUGUUUUCAGGGAGUUCAGUGUGUCCACCAGCAAACUGGCUAUUCCGGAAGAAAACACUAUCCAAACCCUGUGCACUGACAUCCUGCAAUGUCUGGACACCUCAGUCACUGGAAUGACCCAAGUGUUAUGGCCAAGGCUUCUGGAAUAUGUGGUGCCAGCUCAGUACACUGGUACUUUGAAGCCUCUCUGCAGAUGCCUUAGGGAGCUGGCUGAGAAAAAGCAGCAGGAAGGAGAAGAAGCUGCUUGCCUCGACUACGGUGGAUCAGUGAAUUUCCCUACACCCCAGGGGCUGCUGGCACGACUCCUGGUAGUAGCCUCAUCCCCUUAUGCAGGAGAAGGACACGGAUGUGCUGCCUUGCAGUUAUUACAAGCCCUGCACCAAAAUAUCCAUGCAGCAGUGGGUGAGAUGUGGGUAGUAAAGAUCCCAUCUCUGCUGCAGUACAUUGAAGGAAACACGGAGAAUUCCCUGGACCAUGCGCGGUGGGAGCACAUGCUGCUUCAGGACCACCACCAUGGGAGAAGAGGCAAGACUCGCAGCACCCUGAUGCUGGCCUACAGCAGCGUGGCUGUCCAUGCUCCAAAAGACCAGCUUCUCUCCCGAGUAGAGGCAGACAUCACAGGGAACAUCCUUCUCCAUUACAGAGCCAGUGGUCAGGUGCUGGGCAUCACUGUUUUGCUUGUUUAA